UGAAUGCACCCUUGCUAUAACACCGCACCAUAAGAAAGACAAAGAAACCAAAAACAAUUCCAAUCUUAAAACCUGUAACUGCAACCUCACAAAUGUCAUCUUGCACAACACAAAAAACCUUCAGAGCACGUCAACAUUUUGUCAACCUAACCAAUCCUUUUUCUUUCUUUCUUUUUUUCAAGUAGCGCUAGAAACCUAACCAAUCCUUUUACUACCCAAGUCGUUUAUUUUGGAAAAAAACAUCAUCGUUUAUUUUGACCGCAAUGCAUGCAUGCAAUAACAAAACAAACAACAGAUGAAACCCUGGUUUUCCCAACGGAUAUGGACGGACACACAAAUCCUCAAACUCAACCACAAACUCUCACACCUCACAAAAACAAACCAAUUUUCUGAUUCCCUCAAACUCUUCACCCAAAUCCACUCUUCCCUUAAACCAGAUCACUACACUCUUUCAACCGCCAUAACCGCCACCGCCAGCACCCGCCAUGUCACCGCUUUCGGUAACCAGCUUCAUUCAUUCGCCAUUCAAACGGGUCUCAAAGCUCAUUCCCAUGUCGCCAAUUCGCUACUCUCUCUUUACUCCAAAGCCCAUGACCUUGUUUCUGUUCAGCUUGUUUUUGAAGAUAUUCAAUACCCAGAUGUUUAUUCAUGGACAACGCUUUUGUCUGCUGUUACUAGAUUGAGUCAUGUUGAUUAUGCACUCCAUGUGUUUGAUAAAAUGCCCAAGUGUUAUGUGGCUGUUUGGAAUGCUAUCAUUACUGGGUGUGCUGAUAAUGGACCACAUGAAGGUGUUGCUUUUAGGCUAUUUAAAGAUAUGUUUAGGAUGAAUGUUAGGCCUGAUAAUUACACCUUUGCGACUAUGUUGAGUUUGUGUUCUUUAGAGCUUUUGGAUUAUGGAAGGCAUGUUCAUUCUGUAGUUUUCAAAAGUGGGUUUUUGGUUAGGACUUCUGUGGUUAAUUCUCUUAUUACUAUGUAUUUUAACUGUGGAUGUGUUGUGGAUGCUUAUGAGGUGUUUGAGGAAACGGAAGGUGGAGUUCGCGAUCAUGUUACAUAUAAUGCAAUGAUAGUUGGUUUUGUAAGCGUGGAUAGAUUUGAAGACGCUUUUGUGAUGUUUAGGGAUAUGCAUAGGAGUUGUGUUUGUUUAAGUGAAGUUACUUUUGUGAGUGUGUUGAGCUCUUGUUGUUCUUUGAAAGUUGGGUAUCAAGCACAAGGUUUGGCUAUUAAGAUGGGGUUUGAUCGUGGUUAUAUUGCUGUCAACAAUGCGAUGAUUACCAUGUAUUCAUGCUCUGGUAAGGUGAAUGAGGCUCUAAAUGUUUUUGAAAGAAUGGAAGAAAGUAGGGAUCUUGUUUCGUGGAAUGUAAUGAUUUCAAUGUUUGUUCAAGAGAAUAUUAACGAGGAAGCAAUCUUGACCUAUAUGAAAAUGAGGAGGGUGGGAAUUGAGCCGGACGAGUUUACUUAUGGAAGUGUGUUAGCUGCCUCGGACUCUCUGCAAAUGGUGGAGAUGUUCCACUCUCUCCUUUGCAAAAAUGGGCUUAUCAAAGUUGAAGUUUUGAAUGCAUUGAUUUCUUCAUACUCUAGAAAUGGAAAGAUAAAGUGUGCCUUUCAAAUCUUCUCCGAUCUUCCCUAUAAAAGUUUGAUAUCCUGGAAUAGUAUCAUAUCUGGGUUCUUGAUAAAUGGAUUCCCAAUGCAAGGCUUAGAGCAAUUUUCUGCAUUACUUGAUACACAUCUCAGGCCAAAUGCCUAUUCCCUCAGUCUUGUUUUGAGCAUCUGUUCUUGCACUUCAGCCAUGGAUCAUGGGAAACAAGUUCAUGGUUACAUACUGCGACACGAUUUUGAUUCAGAAAUUUCAUUGGGCAAUGCCCUGGUGACAAUGUAUUCCAAAUGUGGAUCUCUAGACGGGUCGUUGAGUGUAUUUAAUGCAAUGACUGUAAAAGAUAUAAUCACUUGGAAUGCUAUCAUAUCUGCUUAUUCACAACACGGACAAGGCAAAGAGGCUGUGCGCUGUUUCGAGGCAAUACAAAUCUCCCCUAGAAUAAAACCUGAUCAGGCUACCUUUACUGCAGUUCUUUCAGCUUGUAGCCAUUCAGGUUUAGUUGAUGAUGCUAUCCGUAUUUUCGAUAUCAUGGUAAAAAAUUAUGGAUUUGUGCCAAGUGUGGAUCAUUUAUCUUGCAUAGUUGAUCUGUUGGGUCGCAGUGGUUACCUUGAUGAGGCAGAAAGAGUAAUUACAAAUGGAGAUUUUGGAGCACAUUCCAACAUGUGCUGGUCAUUGUUCGGUGCUUGUGCAGUUCAUGGUAAUUUAAGACUUGGAAGAAAGGUGGCUAGACUUAUCUUAGAAAGAGAACAUAGCAACCCAUCAGUUUAUGUGCUUUUAUCAAAUAUCUGUUCAGAAGCAGGCCAGUGGGAAGAAGCAGCUAAACUAAGAGAUAUGGUUGGGAUGCCAAAACAGCGUGGCUGCAGUUGGAUAUCAACCUAAGACUUGCAAGUUAUAAAUGUAUAAGCAUGAGCAUAAUGUGAUCGAGUUCUUGUACAGAGUUCAAUUUUGAAUAUGCUUAAAUGACGAGGAUGAUGUGAUAUGCAAGAUAUUCAAAGUGGAGUUCUUAUGCUGCAUAAAAACUGGCUAAAGUGGAUGGUUUUAUGCAAGAUAUGUUUCAAUCUUUAUCUUCUCAAUGAAGGUUAAAAAAGCCAAAGUUUGAACUUCUUUUACUUGAGAGAAGUGAUUGGCUGGGUGGGCUGGCACUGGAACCUUAGAGUGUGUUUGGAUGAGGCAUUUUAUUGAGGGAAUUAAAAUGAUUUGGAUUAAAAUCUAUUGUUUGGAUUAAAAGUGAGAGAAUUUUUAAAAUGAGAGGAUUUUCCUGAAUUUCUCAUCAACCGGUUUGAGGGAAUUUAAAAGUCAACCUCUUAGGGUGUGUUUGGUAACACAAAUAAGCUAGCUUAUAGCUUAUUAUAUGAGCUUAUAAGCUUGUUUCAAAAAAUUAGAGGUGUUUGUUAAUAAGUUUUUUUUACUAGCUUAUAGCUUUUUUUCAAAUGCUAUUUCAAGUAGCGUUUGAGCUUAGAGUCUAUAGCUUUUUACACUUUAUUCCAUUUUUACCCUUCAAUUUAAUAACUACCCACUCUAAAAAAGAAAUUACCCGCUAUCAAUUAUGUCAUUUUAUAUUUAUUAACCACUUUAAAAGCUAAUUUUACCAAACACUUUAAUUUCAAUUAGCUAGUUUUUCAGCUAUCAGCUAGCUUAUAGCUUAUUUUUACAGAACAGACCCUUAGUAAAAAUUUCAGAAUUCUCCAUGCUAGCUUCUCAAUUGCGACUCUAUCUCAUUCACCCGUAACUCUCUUCUCACUCGCAAUUGUUCACCCUUUCACCAUCUCCACCGAACUUCUUUUCGUCUCGUCAGAUCCCUCACCCUAGCGUUUCACCAUCUCCAUCGAGCUUCUCUCUCAUUUCCAUCUCUCUCAGAUUGUGCUCUGCUGGUGUUUCACAAUUCAUUGAAGUAAAUUGAUAAAGAAAUUAUGGUUCAAUUUGUGGCACUGCCAUUAACACACAGCUGCCACUUUUCUUUAUACCUUUCCCCAGUCAACCUGAUUUUUUCACUUCAUUUCUUCUCUGUAAGGUUUUGAUGUGGUGACAUUAUCAUGCAGUCAAAUCUCAACCAUAGCAAAGAAAUAGGGAGAGAGGAUUUAACAUUUAAAACAAAGAGAGAUAUGGAGUUUAAUGGUUGGGAUUAAAACUAGAGAGAAAUCCACCGGAGAGGAUCAAUCCCCCGACUACUCUUGGUCUCACAUCCGACAAUAGAUCAUAGAUGAUAAUUUCAUUUUGCGGCGGGGAUUUGACGUCACAAAUAGAUACCGUUUGAGUAGAAUAAAAUUUAUUUAUAUGUUUAUAUUUUAGAUGUAAAAUCUUUUGAAGAGAAUAACAUUUAUCCAUAUGUUUAUAUUUUUUGUAUGACGUUCUCUAACCUGAGGAAUAGAAUUAGUCACUUGGUAUGCACUUUGAAUUCUUAU